AUGAUGCUCAAUAUUAUCUCAAGAACGACGCGCUAUCAAACUAGAGUCCCGAGCUCUUCUCAUUUAACAUUGACAAUCCGACAUGCAUCAUUGAACUCAGCAAUUGGUCGGGGCAUUCGAAGAUCGCAGUCUGUGGACCGAGAGGAUCGUCGGGACAACAAUUCCCCCAGGAGCGCGAGACAAUACGAAAGAUCAAACAAUCCAAACGCUGCGGGAACAUUCCGGUCAAAAUUCGGAGAUAGAGAUGGGUCAAACUUUAGGCAAUAUUUCCGCAAUGACUAUGAAUCCCGUCAACGAGCCGAUAGAUCAGCAGGAACAAGCUUCAGACGACCAUUCCGCAAUGACCACGAAUCCCGUGAGCCACGACCCGAGAGACGCGAGCGAAAGUAUGAGAAUCAAUCAGACGAGUUGAGUUUUAAAUCGCAUGACCGACGAGAACCAGCAUGGCCCGGCAACGAAUCUCAAUUUGCUCGACGUGCGCGUCAAGAAAGGCCCAAAGAGCCCGAUUUUGAUGAAGAUGAGUUCAUUCGCUCUGGUAAUUUCCGCGCACUCCCCCGUGAACAUCAAUCACGGUUCCAACCUCGCUCGCACGAAAAUCAAUUCCCACGGCCGGGAAGAGAAAGGCCUUCCGUGGAUGACCCCAUGGAGAAGCAGUCAAAGUCUAGAGCGCAUCGUGUGACUAGCAGCAUGCCGGAGCGUGUGAAGGAGAAUGUCAAAGUCCCCGAUACGAUUCCGUACACCACACCAGCGUCGGAGUUCAUCUAUGGUACUAGUGCCGUGGAGGCGGCGCUGCGCUGCAGCAGACGUCAAAUAUACAAGCUUUACAUCUAUCAGGCCGCAGAGGAAGAUUUGAGCCCAGCAAAGAUCACAAUCCGCAAACUGGCAUUGUCAAAGAACAUUGCAGUCAAAAUGGCAUUUGCCGGAUGGGAUCGAUUGAUGGAUAAGAUGAGUGCUGGGCGACCUCACAACGGGUGCAUCUUGGAAGCAUCGCCGCUGCCAAAAUUGCCCGUACGUGGCUUCCAGGCUGUGCCAUCUAUAUCAGAGGAAUAUUUCCGGGCGGAGCUUGCGCCACAAACCCGGGAAGAAGCUGCGGUAAAUGGCACCGACGAUCGUAUCCCGAUUCACCACCCUCCUCCGCCCCCGCAUGAUCAUCAGCAAGCCUAUCGAUACCCCGUGGCUUUGCUACUGGAUGGAGUUGUCGAUCCUGGUAACAUGGGUGCCAUCAUCCGUUCAUCCUAUUUUCUGGGGAUCGAUGCCAUUGUGCUCGCUGGGCGCAACUCUGCGCCCCUAUCCCCCGUUACGAUCAAGGCUUCUGCCGGCGCUGCUGAGAACAUGACCAUCCUUCACGUGAAGAAUGAAGUUGAUUUCAUCCAACGGUCCAAAGAAAAUGGAUGGCGCUUCUAUGCCGCAGAUGCGCCAGGCCCCGGAUCUGUUUACCUGGAUCACGCCGCGGCCGAAGGCGAUCAGGGUGGAGUCAAGCUACCAUUUGCCACGGCUCCUAGUGUCCUGAUGAUGGGCAGUGAGGGCUCUGGACUUAGCUCGCACAUUAAGUCGCACGCAAAUGCAACGGUCAGCAUCCCAGGUGCUCGACACAGUCCCGUUCUAGGUGUCACAUCGGACCCUGCCCGCAUCGACAGUCUGAAUGUCAGUGUUGCUGCUGCGCUAUUGAUGGAGAAGUUCCUGCGUACCCCGGUUGCUGUGGCUGAGACUGUCAAAAAGGAGAAGAAUGAUGGAAGGGACAAGAUGUGGUAA